CUGAGCAAAAGACGUGGCUGAGUUUGCUCAUGGAUAACAGCAGUGGUCCUGUUCUUCUCUUCACCUUGCUCCUACUGCAGAACACCAGCAGCCCCAGAGCCUCCACCCGUCCUGCUGGCUAUGAGAUGGCAGAACCUGCGGCCCCAGGAGCCGGCUCCAGCAGGAACCACUCUCUGGUGGAGUACGGGCUGAGGCCAGCGGAAAUCGCCGCUGCCAGCGUGGUUUGGGGAGCGCUGUGGCUGAUCUCCGUCUUGGGAAACUUCCUCGUUUGCUUAGUGAUCCACAGGAGCAGGAGGACCCAGUCCACUACCAACUACUUUGUGGUGUCCAUGGCCUGUGCAGACCUCGUGAGCAGCGUGGGGAGCGCGCCCUUCCUGCUGCUGCAGCUGAGCUCCGGGCGCUGGCUGCUGGGCAGCGAGGUGUGCCAGCUGGUCAGGUACCUGCAGUACCUCACGCCCGGGGUCCAGAUCUACGUGCUCCUCGCCAUCAGCGUGGAUCGAUUCUACACCAUCAUCUACCCCCUAGGCUUCAAAAUGUCCAGGGAAGAAGCCAAAAAAAUAAUUUUGGUCUCUUGGCUCGCUGGUGCUCUGUUUGCAUCACCAGCCUGUUUUCUCUAUGGCUCCAGCAGCAACCACCACUGCAACUUUUUCCUCCCUGGUUCUUGGCUAGGAGCCGCCUGUGGUGUUGCCCACCUGUCAGUGCUGUUGCUUUUGAUCCCAUCACUCCUCAUUAUCCUCUACUUCCAGAAACUUUUCACCUACAUUUGGAGAAGUGACAUUGAGGACACAGCUAGCAGGAGGACAAUGAAUCUUGUCUCAAGGAGAAAAGUGAAAACUGCCAAGAUCUUCUUCAUCUUUGUCUUGGAUUUUCUCCUGUCCUGGCUUCCUUUCUUCGUGGCACAGUUGUGGCACCCACAGGAAACAAACUACAGAAAGAGCUCCUUGCUUUUCCUGGCCAUCACCUGGAUCUCUUUCAGUUCCUCAGCCUCUAAGCCAAUCCUCUUCUACAUCUAUAAGGCAAACUUCAGAAGAGGAAUGCAAGAAAUUUGUUGCAUGUGGAAGUACCCCAGAAGCGAUGUCUACACCAUUACUACCAGUUCCAAAAAUAAUCACAUUAUGACCACAGAUAUACCAGCACCACCCCAACCUCACCAAAUACUCUACCUGUGA